AUGUGCCGCCACAGACACGAUCUCAAUCUCUCUCGACACCUUUCUUCUUCAUCGCUUCUCCUACUUCAUCUCUACGAUCUCAAUCUCUCGACACCUUCCUUCUCCAUCGCUUCUCCUACUUCAUCUCCUUCUUCAUAUCAUCCUUGCUUUGUCUUCUUCGAUCUUAAUGAAAUAUUUGAUUCUUCAUCUCAUUUUCGUCUUGCAAAUAAAGUUCCCUGUAGGUAG